CGCACCACACCGGACCCGCACCGCACCGGAGAGCGCGCGCACACCGGAGCAGCGCACGCGGACCCGCCGAAGCCUUUGAUCUGAUUCGGGACGCCGCACGAGCCGCAGGACGCAGAGGAGCGCGUGCUUCCGGAGCGGAGCGAGAGGCCUGAGAUUGAAGCGCGACCAUGAAGGACCGUACGGCGGAGCUGCGCAGCGCGAAGGACAGCGAUGAUGACGAGGAGGUGGUGCAGGUCGACAGGGACCACUUCAUGGACGAGUUCUUCGAGCAGGUGGAGGAGAUCAGGGGCUGUAUAGAGAAACUGUCUGAGGACGUGGAGCAGGUGAAGAAGCAGCACAGUGCCAUCCUCGCUGCACCCAACCCCGACGAGAAGACCAAACAGGAGCUGGAGGAUCUGACGGCCGACAUCAAGAAGACAGCCAACAAAGUGCGCUCAAAGUUAAAAGCGAUCGAGCAGAGCAUCGAGCAGGAGGAGGGACUCAACAGAUCAUCAGCUGAUCUGCGCAUCCGCAAAACACAGCACUCGACUCUGUCUCGUAAGUUUGUGGAGGUGAUGACCGAGUACAACACCACGCAGUCCAAAUACCGCGACCGCUGCAAAGACCGUAUCCAGAGACAACUGGAGAUCACCGGCAGAACCACCACCAACGAGGAGCUGGAGGACAUGUUGGAGAGCGGCAAACUCGCCGUCUUCACUGAUGAUAUAAAGAUGGACUCUCAGAUGACGAAGCAGGCGCUGAACGAGAUCGAGACUCGACACACGGAGAUCAUCAAACUGGAGAACAGCAUCCGAGAGCUUCACGACAUGUUUGUGGACAUGGCCAUGCUCGUGGAGAGCCAGGGGGAGAUGAUUGACAGAAUCGAGUAUAACGUGGAGCACUCGGUGGAUUAUGUGGAACGAGCCGUUUCCGACACCAAGAAGGCCGUCAAGUACCAGAGCCAGGCCCGCAAGAAGAAGAUCAUGAUCAUAAUCUGCUGUGUGAUCCUGGGCGUGGUUUUGGCCUCGACCAUCGGAGGAACGCUGGGCUUCUAAGACCCGCCCCCCGCCGCCGUGACGACCGCCGCCGCCGCCAACGACCUUGCCCGGCAACCGUCGCCUCGGCAACCGUCACCCGGCAACCAGCAGAGAAAACAACAAACAACAACAACUACAUCGACCACACAGAAACUUGAAUCGCAACAUGCAAAUCAGCUAGGACGAGUUACCCAAUCACAGAUCAGAUCACAGGGAGUGGGCGGGGUUUAAGCAGACACAAACACAUCCCAUAAUAUUCACCGCCGCCAUUUUGGUUU